UGGAGAUUCUGUUAAUUCCCCUGUUCGGUGGGCGGCAUGCUACAUUCUCAAUUGUUGUUCAGUCCCACAUUCUGACACUUAUCUGUUUGCUAGUAACUUCUUACUGCUUUUACAUAAAACAAUAUGGCCAGAGUUCCCAAUUUAGGACGUUUUGCUGAUGAUCAUGAUGUAAUUGAUGGAGUUGUUGAUCAUAAGGGAAUCCCAGCAAAAAGAUCCCAAUCAGGGAAAUGGAGAUCAGCAUACUUCAUGAUAGGUGUUGGAGUAACAGAGAGGUUUGCCUAUUAUGGAAUAGGUUCCAAUCUCAUAAUUUACCUUACAAGUCAUCUUGAGCAGUCAACAGCAACUGCUGCUGCAAAUGUAAAUAUGUGGAGUGGAGCAGGGGCAAUGCUGCCUCUUGUCGGAGCUUUCGUGGCGGAUACAUUUCUCGGGCGGUAUUGGACCAUAAUUGUGGCGUCUCUGCUGUAUAUUCUGGGGCUCGGCUUAUUGACGAUAUCUGCCUUGCUCAACUGCGAAAGGGAUGAAGUAAUCAAAUCAUGUUCACCUAGCCAAUUCCAAGUUAUCUUUUUCUUCUUCUCACUGUACUUAGUGGCACUUGGACAAGGGGCACAUAAGCCAUGCCUUCUGGCAUUUGGUGCUGAUCAGUUUGACGAAGAAGAUCCCGAAGAAAGCAGAUGUAGAAGUUCAUUCUUCAAUUGGUGGUAUUUUGGCUUAUGUGCAGGUCCUCUGAGUGCCCUCCUUGUCUUGAACUACAUUCAAGAAAACCUUAGUUGGGGUCUUGGAUUCGGAAUUCCAUGCCUCUCAAUUGCACUUGGUCUUUUCAUCUUCUUGCUUGGAACCAGGACAUAUCGCUUUACUGUUAGAACAGAACAGAAGUGUGUAUUUACCAGGAUUGCUCAAUCAAUUUGGGAUGCCAAAGAUAGAAAAAAUUCCUCGAUACUGAGGUCUGAUCACAGGGUACAAGGGACUGUCCAUCCUGCAAGAGCAAAUCAUAAUGAGUUUCUAAACGAAGCAUUGCUUGAAGUGAAUGUUGAAGACAAAUAUGAUGAAUCAAGUGAUGAUUGUGAACUUGAAGAGUGGAAGGCCCUCAGAGGUUUGGUGCCUAUAUGGGCUACCUCAUUGGCUUACGCUGUUGUGUUUGCACAAGUAUCAACUUUGUUCACAGAACAAGGAAUUACAAUGGACAGGUCAAUAGGUUCCGCAUUCAAGUUACCGGCUGCUUCGCUUCAGUACUUAACUGGCAUUUCUAUUAUCCUUUUCAUCCCCAUUUAUGACCGAUUCUUUGUUCCCCUCGCUAGAGCUGUCACUAGAAGGCCAUCAGGGAUAACAAAGAUGCAAAGAAUUGGAAUAGGCAUGGUUCUGUGCAUUUGUUCAAUGACUAUUGCCGCGCUUGUGGAAAGAAAGAGGCUUCAGACUGCGCAGCUUCACGGGCUUGUUAGUUUUCCACAAGAAGUGGUUCCCGUGAGUUUUUGGUGGUUGGUGCCUCAGUAUGUACUCUUUGGAAUCGCCGAUGUUUUCACUGUGAUUGGCUUGCAGGAGCUAUUCUAUGAUCAAAUGCCAGCUGAACUGAAAAGUGUAGGUCUCUCAUUAUUUCUGAGUAUUUUCGGCAUAGGUUGCUUUUUGAGCGGUUUUAUCAUAUCAAUUAUUCAGAAGUUCACUAGCAUGCAUGGUGUUGGUGGUUGGUUUUCUAGCAAUUUGAAUCAGGCACAUCUUGAUUACUUUUACUGGUUACUCGCUGCGCUUGUCACACUGGAGUUCUUGGUGUUCUUGUAUGUAGCAAAAUUCUACGCUUCCUGUAAUCAUAGUAGAAUCGUUUCACAUUGUUAAAGUUGUUGACUAUAGUUAGAGAUGAACAUAUAGCAAGGAUGCUUAGGAGUCUUGUGUAUGUUGUAAUUGUAGGAACCUGAUCCUGGAUUUUGAUUAGAGUAAGCUCCAAAUGGACAACUAGCUGUAGGAUUUUGGUACCACAGAGUCUCAGUGCUUUUGCA